AUGAUGGGUGAAGGGAGUGCCUUUAAUGCAGCCUUAAUCCCAAUCGUGGGGGCAACCUCUAGUGUGAAGAAGACUGAUACUCAGAUUGCAAGUAAAAAUGUUCGUCUGUGCAAGGACCCUAUUGUUAUGGAGGACAGGGGGAGUACCAAAAAACAUGGCAAGGAGCAAGCAAUGGAAAUUGAAGAAGAGGGACAGGUUGUGCUUAUAAACAAGACAACUUUGAAGAAUUCAAGGGGUCAAAUUGUCAAACAGAGCACAACCUUAUGGAAGACAAAAUGCCAGGUUGUGGGAAGACUUAAGAGAACCUCAAGUACAAAGGAGGAAAAACAAACUCAAGGGUCUAGGUCUAGUCAGAAGAGUAGCUUACAGAGUGAAGAGUUGCCUAAGGCUAAGGAAGGUAGUGAACAGGUGGUAAUCAGGGGGAUAGAGAGGUGGAACCCUUGGGGAGGGGAUAAGGGACAGAGUAGUAAGGAGACUAUUGAUCCUGUGGGCAAUAGUGGUGAUCAACCUCAUGUUGUGUCUGUGGUAGGGGAUAUUCCUGAAUCUCCCUUAGGACAGGACAACAUUAUUGAGGUUAACAUUCAAACUGCUCCACAGACUGAGAGGCUAAUUCAGAGGAGGAAAAAUAUAACUGUUAGGAAAAAACCCAAUAGCCUUGAAGUUAUCCAAGAACGCACAUUACCACUGCAACCUAUUGAGGAAGCUGCAGACUGGUGGAAGACCAAAUGGUUGCUGCAGACUCGUGUUGAGGAAGCUUGGGAGGAUGUGGUGUGUGUAGUGGGCAUGCAAGAAACUAAGAUGAAACUGGAUGGAAUUUACACAGGUGCAUGCGAGGACACGGUCCAUGGAGAAGAUAUUUUAUCAUUGCUAGAUGCUAUCCCUUUGUGCGAAUUUGUGGUCUGUCAUUAG